AUGGAACGGCGAAAGCGGAAAUCCGCUCUGGCAAAUUAUCUCAACAGUCUCAAUGAUCCGCCAGAAAAACUGAGGAAGAUUUCUGAUUUUUAUCAUAGUCUACGGCAGUUUUAUAAACGAAAAUGGAAUGCGCCACUGAAGCUACCGACUGUGCAGGGAGUGGAAGUCAAUCUUUUCCGAUUAUACGAUACUGUCAUGGCUCUGGGGGGAUGGCAAAAAGUGGCCAUGCAUGAAAAAUGGUCUGACGUCGCAGAAAUGCUUGGUGUUGGUGAAGAUGUUAUUGGUGGAGAUCAUGCUAUCAAACUGCUCUACAUGAGGUACCUCUCCAAAUACGAGCAAAUUGAAACAAUUGGUGACAUAGACGAUAUGUUAGAUGGGGAAAUGUCGCGAUCCCGUGGCAGGCAGAGCUCAUUUUUUGCCACCAACGAUUGUCCCGUUGGAAUGGGAAGGAAUCAUGAAUACAUUCGUCGUGAUGAACGGGGGAACCCGUCAACAGAACCCGAUUAUGCAAAGUUAACAAAGUCGCUUUUGAGUGGACUACCUAACGAGAUUGAUUUUGCUAUGAAUGUGUGCACACUUUUGUCGCAUCCUGGGCCGCGUCUUCUCCGAUUAUGCCAUGCACCGAAUAUAAUAACUUUGCUGAAUUGCUCACUGUGGAAUCUUCGAUGA